AUGCCAAAUAAUUUAAUCAAUUUUCACUCUCACAUACACUUAAGGCAGCGUCUAAUAAUCUCUACACUCCUUUCUAAACCAAUUAGAAUUGAUUCCAUUCGUAGCAACCACUCUAAUCCAGGUAUCACUGACUACGAAGCUGGUUUCUUAAGACUCCUUGAAAAACUAACAAAUGGUUCAAAAGUUGAAAUAUCCUACACAGGCACUUCAAUCCUCUAUCAACCUGGUUCUCUCACCGGUGGUAACAUAUCCCACUCCUGCUCUUCAAAGUCUGUUGGCUGGUUCUUAGAAUUUAUCCUCGUUUUAGCUCCUUUUCUUAAACACCCUUUAAAUCUCACUUUACACGGUAUAACCUCUGAUCCCAACGACAUCUCCGUUGACUCUCUCCGCACUGUCUCCCUCCCGCAUCUCUCCCUAUUCGGCAUCUCUGAUGGCCUUGAACUUAACAUUAAAAAGCGCGGUUCUCCUCCUCUAGGUGGUGGUACUGUCAUCUUUAAAUGUCCCACUCUCCGUCAAAUUAAAUCCCUCAAUUUCCUCGAUCCAGGUAAAAUUAAACGUAUACGCGGUAUUGCUCACUCUGUUAGAGUCUCUCCUCAGCUCGCCAAUAGAAUGGUUGACGCUAGUAGAGGUUUACUCAAUAGAUACAUCCCCGAUAUCUACCUCUACACUGACAUUUAUAGAGGCGAUGAAGCUGGUAAAUCUCCUGGUUACGCUCUGACCCUUGUAGCUGAAUCUACAACUGGUGCUUUACACUCCGCUGAAGCCGUCUCCCUACCUGGUACCACCCCUGAAGAUGUCGCUACACGUGCUUCUUCUGCUCUCUUGGAAGAAAUCGCCAACAAAGGCGCUAUUGACUCAUCUCAUCAGUGGUUGGUUCUCCUUUUAAUGUCCUUAGGUAGUGAGGACGUUGGUAGAUGUAGAAUGGGAUCUCUCACUCCACAUUCCAUCCAAUUCUUACGCGAUUUACAUCAAUCCAUGGGCGUAGCUUUCAAAAUUAAACAGCUAGAACAAUCAAAUGAGGUUAUCGCUAGCUGCGUUGGUAUCGGUUAUACUGGUCAACGUAAAGUUGCUUAG